AUGCCUGACCACCCCGUUGAGCAAGGCGCCGCUGGCAGCCUCACCGACAAGAUCGCAAAAGAGUCGUCCGACUCGACCGCCUCUUCGCACGCGAACCACGCCGAUAUCCAGGCUCACAACUCAAAGGGCCCUGCUAUUCCUGAUAGCAUGCCCAAGGCUGAGAGCAAGGAGGACCUUAAGAAGAGGGCUGAGGAGUUGAACAAAUAG